CCUACUCGUAACAAUUUUCGUAAUAUCGGAUGGCUAUAUCUCGACGUCUCUUAUACGCGAUAUAUUUUCUGUCUUUGGCGUUCUUCACUAGCACUCUAGCGGCUGAAUCUGCCUGGAAUGGACAUACCACGCCAGGAUCAACCACUCCUGCUGCUUUCAGUUCUUUCUACAUCCCGCCCGGCUCGAAAUCUUAUGAUUCAUCAUCUCCAAUGAUUCUUUAUCGUGGACACUGGACGGAAUCCUUUCAUGGCGACCAUCACAGAGGAUCUAUCCGGACGACGAAUGAUAAACGCGCUGAAAUCACAUUUUCAUUCACUGGUACAGGAGUCGAAUGGUUUGGAACUGUUGGUAGGCAUCACGGCACUCACGAUGUUUAUCUGGACGGAGUAUUAGUGCAACAGCUCGAUUCUUGGAGCCCUGUGUCGAGGAAGGGUCAAAGGAUAUUCAGCAUAUUCGAUCUCGCGCCAGGGAAGCACAUCCUGAAAGUCAAGAAUAUCGCUAAAGGGCUUAAUCACGGUUCCCGUUCUGUUAUGGAUAUCAACGCCUUCGUCGUUACUCAGAAAUCUUUCUCGUCAUCGUCGGCUACACCAUCUGUACAGCAUAACCUUCUCACACCUUCGCCUUUUCUUACCUUGAUGGAAGACGCGCCGUCCAUUACAUCCUGGAAGCUCACUCAAAAGGGUUUGACUGGUGUCCAUGCUAUGCAACUGGCAGUAAUCUCCAAUACGCACGCGAUCGUCAUCGACAAAGUCGAACACAAUCCUCUAGUUGUUGAUGGCCACCCUGCUUGGGGCGCACUUCUCAAUCUCGAUAAUCACUCUAUCAAGCCUCUUCGCUUGAAGUCGAAUUCCUUCUGCGCAGGUGGUACCUUCCUUCGUAACGGCGAACUGAUCAACGUUGGCGGCAAUCCGGUUGUUGAGGAUCGCACUUCUGCUGCGGAUUUCGGCGACGUCAAUGGAUUGCAAGCUAUUCGUCGUUUCAAACCUUGUGAUCACGAGUCUAUAGACAACUGCGAUAUCCUCGAGGAUCAUUCUCGCCUUCGAAUGGCCAGUUCCCGAUGGUACAAUACUGUUAUUCGCAUUUCGGACGGAUCCGCCAUGAUAAUCGGAGGUUCGAAGAAAGGUGGAUGGAUCAAUAACGCAACCGUGAACAAUCCCACCUUUGAGUUUUGGCCUCCAAAAUCUAUACACGGAUCUCGUGGCAUGCCGAUUCAUUCCCAGUUCCUUGUCGACACUCUCAACUCCAACUUAUUUCCCAUCGCGUUUUCUCUCCCAGACGGCAGAGUAUUCAUCGCAGCUAAUCGUGACGCCAUGAUUUAUGACUGGAAGACCAAUAGGGAGCAGAGGCUUCCUCAGAUUCCUAACGGCGUUCGAGUUACCUAUCCCAUGGCUGGUACUGGCUUGCUUCUUCCUUUGUCAAGUCAGAAUGAUUAUACUCCGGAGAUUCUUCUGUGCGGUGGAUCCACCAUCGAUGAUCAUAAGGCUGCAUACGGCAUCUCUUCGCAAGAUCCGGCCUCUUCGCAGUGCUCCCGGAUGGUUCUUACGGACGAAGGGAUCUCUGCAGGCUGGCAAGUCGAACUUAUGCCUGAAGCUCGUCUCAUGCCGGAUGCUGUGCUCCUUCCUACAGGUCAGAUUGUCAUUGUCAACGGCGCUGGUUCCGGAAUAGCCGGCUACGGCAACACUUUGGAUCAAGUUGGAGCUUCCAACGCAGAUCACCCAAUCUUAUCCCCCAUCCUAUAUGAUCCCCUUGCCAAACCUGGCGAAAGGUUUUCAUCCGUUGGCGUGACAAGCGACAUUGCGCGGCUCUAUCAUAGCGUGGCUACAUUGACGCCAUCCGGUAGUGUCCUAAUUGCAGGAAGUAAUCCAAACUUGGAUCGCAGCGACGUGAAGUAUGGGACGGAGUAUAGGACAGAGUGGCUCAAUCCGCCAUACAUGAAUGGCCCCAGACCGUCUAUCGACCAAAUGCCGGGGCAGAUACACUACGGCCAAAAGAUUCGCUUGCGUGUCACUUUCCCAAUCACAGGAACUAUACAAGUUGUACUAAUGGAUCUCGGAUAUGUGACGCAUUCGGUUCAUGCAAAUAGCCGACUAGUAUAUCUGGAGGCGGCUAUGGAAGGCGAAUACCUUGUUGUCACCGGUCCUCCGAGGGAGGAGAUAUAUCCUCCUGGUCCUGGUUGGAUAUACGUGCUUGACGAUGGCGUUCCGAGCAAGGGCCGAAAGAUCAUAGUGGGUGAUGGCAAAGAUCCGCAUUUCGACAAAGACGCGCUGGAAUACGUCUUGAGACACACAAAGAGCGUUUAAACGUUUAAGCAUAAUGGAAUAUCCCCUUUCAUCUUGUUUUCAUUUGCAUUCUAGUCUUCGACCUUUUUUACUAUACCGUUUCGCAUUGCUAUACCCUAGCCAUACACUUUACCACUAAAGUAAACCCUCUAACCAACUAACCAUGUAGUAUACAGUUUUCUAGUUGACUUUGAACCAAUCAGAGGUGGUGGUGGUGGUGGUGUUACCGGCGCCAGGUCCCAAUAAGGAACGGCCGGGUCCACAGCCCUGACAUGGCGAACCAUGCGCUGUGGCUGCGAAGGCU